AGGAAAUGCAUUGAGCAAUGCAAUGCGUGUGCGCGACGUUGGCCCAGAUAAGAGAGAGAGAUAGGGUCACUCACAGACCGCUUUUCUUCUUUUAUUGGCGGUGAUGAGAGAAAAAAGUCAUUUUGUUACACAAAGGGCUGAGCGUCGUCAUCGACCGACUUCUUAGCUCCCUUUAUUUUUCAAUUCCCCCCAAAACUAAAACCCUAACUCCCUCCUUUUGUUGAUUCGAUCUGAGAGGCGGGAACUCCUUCUAAUCUCUCUCUCUCUCUCUCUCUACCAAGUUUUCUUUAAUCUGAUCCUCUCUCUCUCUCUCUCUCUCUCUCUCUCUCUCGUGGAUAAAUGGAUUAAUGGCAAAAGAUAAGGUUUUCUGUCCAAAUGUCUGCUGACAUGAACAUGGAUGCGUCUUCAGCACAAGACAACAGUGAAACUGGACAAGGAUCGCCCCCUAUACAAAGAACAUCAAUUCAAGAGCAUGAAUUUGGUGCUAGGAGUUUAGCUAGUGAAGCAACAGAAGAAAAACAUGUGAUUAGCACUGGAAAUGUAAAUAUGGUAUCAACAGAAGCCAGGCCUGCGGAAUGCAACUAUAAUGGUAUUGAACGAUUGAGACAACCUCACGAAGAUCUAACCAGAAAUUUAAGUUGUGAACAAUUGGGACAACCGCUGGAAGAUGCCACCAUGAAUUCUAAUUCUGAGCAGUUCGGUUUACUACCUGAUCACGUUGCUGGAAAAAAUUUAAGUGCUUUACGAGCUAUGUCAGAAAUAAAUUAUGAACUUGUUACAGAAAAUGUAAAUAGUGAAGCAUUGGUGGAAACACAGAAGAUGGGUAUUGGACACAUUCAAAAUGGACCAGCUGAAACUGGGACAGUAGAAUUUGACCAUCUUGGUCUGGAACAAUCUAUCCUACCUUCAAAAGAUGUGACCAAAAAUUCCAGUUGGGAUCAAUUGAGACCAACACCAGAAGAUGAGAGAAAGUCUAGUCUGGAACAAUUGGGAUUACCACCUAAAGAUGCUGCAGUGAAUACUAGCCUUGAACAAUUGAAACCACCACCUGAUCACGCUGCUGGAAAAAAAUCAAGUGCUGCACAAGCCAGGUCAGAAAUAAAUCAUGAACUCAUUCCAGAAAACGUAAAUAGUGAAGCAUUGGUGGAAACAAAGAAGAUAUGUACUGGACGCAUUCAAAAUGUACCAGUUGAAACUGAGACGGUAGAACUCGACCAUCUUGGUCUGGAACAAUCUAGCCUACCUUCGGAAGAUGUGACCAAAAAUUCCAGUUGGGAUCAAUUGAGACCAUCACCACAAGACGGUAGAAACUCUAGUCUGGAACAAUUGGGAUUACCACCUAAAGAUGCAGCAGUGAAUACUAGUCCUGAACAAUUGAAAUCACCACCUGAUCAUGCAGCUGGAAAAAUAUUAAGUGCUAGACAAACAAUGCCAGAAAUAAACCAUGAAGAAGUCCCAGAAAAUGUAAAUAGUGAAGCAUUGGUGGAAACACAGAAUAUAGGUACCGGAUGCAUUCAAAAUGGACCAGCUGAAACUGAGAUGGUAGAAUUCGACCAUCUUGGUCUGGAACUAUGUGGUCUACCUUCUGAAGAUGUGACUGAAAAUUCCAGCAGGGAUCAAUUGAGACCGCCGCCAGAAGACAAGAGAAAGUCUACUCUGGAACAAUCAGAACUUGUUCCAGAAAAUGUAGAUAGUGAAGCAUUGGUGGAAACACAGAAGAUAGGUACCGGAUGCAUUCAAAAUGGACCAGCUGAAACUGGGAUGGCAGAAUUCAACCAUCUUGGUCUGGAACUAUCUGGCCUAACGUCUGAAAACGUGACUGAAAAUUCCAGUGGGGAUCAAUUGAGACUACCACCAGAAGACGAGAGAAAGUCUACUCUGGAACAAUCGGGAUUACCACCUAAAGAUACAGCAGUGAAUACUAGUCUUGAAGAAUUGAAAACACCACCUGAUAACACUGCUGGAAAAAUAUUAAAUGCUAAACAAGCAAUGCCAGAAAUAAAUCAUGUACUUGUUCCGGAAAAUGUAAAUAGUGAAGCAUUGGUGGUAACACAGAAGGUUGGUACCGGACACAUUCAAGGUGAACCAACUGAAACUGGGAUGGUAGAAUUUGACCAUCUUGGUCUUGAACUAUCCGACUUACCUUCUGAAGAUAUGACCAGAAGUUCCAGUUGGGAACAAUUGUGCCCAUCACCAGAAGAUAAGAGGAAGUCUAGUAUGGAACAAUUGGGAUUACCACCUGAAGAUGCAGCAGUGAAUGCUAAUCUUGAACAAUUGAAACCACUGCCGGAUCACGCAGCUGGAAAAAUAUUAAGUGCUAAACAAGCAAUGCCAGAAAUAAAUCACGUACUUGUUCCAGAAAAUGAAAAUAUUGAAGCAUUAGUGGUAACACGGAAGGUUUGUACCGGACACAUUCAAAAUGGACCAACUGAAACUGGGAGGGUAGAAUUCAACCAUCUUGGUCUUCAACAAUCUGGCUUACCUUCUGAAGAUGUGACCAAAAGUUCCAGUUCAGAACAAUUGAGACCACCAUUGGAAGAUGAGAAGAAUUCUAGUAUGGAACAAUUGGGAUUACCACCUGAAGAUGCAGCAGUCAAUACUAGUCUUGAACAAUUGGAACCAUUACCAGAUAAUGUCUCCAAUAAUUGUGAUCUCAAACAACUAGAAAAACAACCAGAAGAUGCAGCCAACAAUGCUAGCAAGUUGGGAGGCAGGGGUAGAAGAAAAUCUACAAAAUCGACAAAACAUGAGCCAGGAUCUUCUGUAAUGAGUACGAGAGUUUUGCGCUCAAGGUUGCAAGAGAAACAUAAAGCUCCCGAGCCAAGUAAUAAUUUGCCAGAGCAUGUUGAUGGUGCUAAUCAGGAAAAGAGAAGGAAGAUGAGGAAGAAGAAAAAUAUGAAGAAAAUUCCAGUUGAUGAAGUCUCAAGAAUUAGAAAGCAUCUGAGAUACUUGCUAAAUCGAAUAAACUAUGAGCAAAACUUGAUUGAUGCCUAUUCUGGUGAAGGUUGGAAAGGACAAAGCCUAGAAAAAAUAAAGCCAGAGAAGGAGCUUCAACGAGCUAAAUCUGAAAUUUUCCGUUGCAAAUUGAAGAUAAGAGAUCUAUUUCAACGUCUUGAUUUGUUAAUUGCUGAAGGAAGGCUUCCAGAAUCCUUGUUUGAUUCUGAAGGACAGAUUGACAGUGAGGAUAUAUUCUGUGCAAAAUGCGGGUCUAAAGAUUUGGGAGCUGAUAAUGAUAUCAUACUCUGCGAUGGUGCUUGUGAGCGUGGUUUCCACCAGUUUUGUUUGGAACCACCAUUGUUAAAAGAAGACAUUCCUCCCGAUGAUAAGGGUUGGCUUUGCCCUGGAUGUGAUUGUAAGGUUGACUGCAUUGAUUUGCUUAAUGAUUCUCAAGGAACUGUUCUUUCCGUCUUGGACACCUGGGAGAAGGUAUUCCCUGAGGCGGCAGCAGCAGCAGCGGCUGGAAAUAAGCUAGAUAGUGUUGGACUUCCAUCAGAUGAUUCUGAUGAUAAUGAUUAUGACCCUGAUGGUUCAGAAGUGGAUGAGGAAGUUGAGGGAGAUGAAUCUAGUUCUGAUGAAUCUGAUUCCUAUUCUGCUUCUGAAGAUAAUAGAGAUUCACCAAAAAACAAGCAGAAGUUGGAGCUACCUUCCGAUGAUUCAGAGGAUGAUGAUUAUGAUCCUGAUGCUCCAGAUCUCAGUGAUCAGGUUAAGCAGGAAAGUUCAAGUUCUGAUUUUACAUCCGACUCUGAGGAUUUUAGUGUUGCAUUCGAUGAUAACAUAUCUCCAUGCAAAGACGAACCUGUGCCUGGUGAACUGAUGUCUGCAUCAUCAGACCAGAACAAGCCCUGUGGUGUCUCCAAUGGAGAAAGAUCUAAAGUUGGUCGGAGGAAAAAACAAUCUUUAGAUGAUGAGCUGCCAUAUCUAUUAGAGUCAGGUCCUGGCCAAGGGGAGUCUGCACCUUUAUCAGGAAAGAGACAUGUAGAAAGGUUGGAUUACAAAAGGCUGCAUGAUGAAACAUACGGAAAUGUUUCAUCUGAUUCAAGUGAUGAAAAUUGGAUGGAUGCUUCUGAUGUACCAACAAAGAGAAGGAAGAACAACACAGGGAAAGUUGCUUCAGCGUCACCUUGUGGAAGGACUCCGAUUAUAGAGGGGAAGCACAACCAGGAAGAGAGUGAACGUACUCCUAAGAGAAGAGCUUGUAAGAAGCUAGAUGUUGAAGGCAUAAAUGAUUCGCCAGCUAAAUCAUAUAAAGGUUCUUCUGAACCUGGUUCAAGUUAUAGUGGUUCUAAAAGAACACCAUAUAAAAGACUUGGAGAGGCGGUAACUCAGGGACUUUUAAGAGCCUUCAAAGAAAAUCAAUAUCCAGAUCGAACUGCAAAAGAAAAUUUGGGAAAAGAAUUAGGAAUCACAGCCCAUCAGGUUAGCAAAUGGUUUGAAAAUGCACGUUGGAGCUAUCGGCAUACAUCUCGCAUGGCAUCAAGUCUAGAAAGUGUCCCAAUGUCAGAGCCCGAACCAAAAAUGGUAAGAGAAGAUGAUGCUGGCAAUGGAGUAAAAAAUAAGGAACCGAGCAAAGUGGAUGCUGGAUUGGCCUAUACGACCCCCAGAGGUCACAAGAGAAUAAGUCAGUCAGAACAUCAAGCAUCAUCGGAUCACAUGUUGAGUAUUGAGGAGACCCAGAAUCCAAGUGCACCAGUUGAUUUACCGAAAUCUCAGGAAGUGAGAAAAAGGAGCAGACCACCGAAAGCUCGAGUGCAGAAAAGGGGCAGACCACUGAGAUCUCAAGAAGUGAGAAAAAGGGGCAGACCUAAACGUAAGAAAUCUGCUGCUUGACUAUUAGGAAAUUCUGUACUGCUUGGAGAUUAUUACUUUUGAUCAUUUGCUACUUGGAAUUGAGUUGUCCGGAAGGGUAGUCCAAUUCCAAGGUGAGAUCCUGAAAGCACAUUUCGAUUACUGUUCUGUAAACAGACUUAUUUCUGCUCACAUACCCCCGCUCAUAAAUCUGUUCACAAAGCAGACUCAGUGAGAUUGAGAACACUUGUUGGUCAUUCAAACAGAUGCGUCACCGGCAAACAUGGUGCAUGAUGGUAUCUGAUAGAGAAAUGUUCCCCAAAAGCCAAGAGUAUGCAAAAUAUGCCAUCUUUUCCAACAGAGGAGUCCAUGUUUGGUUCAGGUUUGGCUCAAGUUUGGUCAAAUGGUUAUGGUAGGGCAAUUAUAGGGGGGAAGACAUCAAAUAACUUGGAAUAACCUGUGAGUUUGAGGUAUUAUGAAACACAUUUAAUUGUUUUCGAAACACAAUUGACUUGUGUUCUGAAUUAAAUUGAACUUGAAAAUUUCUGUGGCUUCUAAUUUUUAUGAUGGAUUAUAAAAUUUCAAAUUUGUUUGGCACAAUGGAAGUGAUGAGGCCGAGUAAGCCCUUAUUGCCAUUAUAAAUGUUGAGGCUUUGGGGGAGAAAAAUAGAGGGAUAUUUGUAUUUGAUUUAUGAAUGAUAGGUUAAUGAUUAAUUUUUAGUUA